AUGAUUCUUGGACUCACAGGUGUUCAACAGAAACAACAUCAACCACUGAAACAAGAAAAUCAACAACAACAACAACAGCGGCGAUCACCGUUGCGUGGACGACGUUGUUUAUAUUGUCAACGACUUGGAUGUCCCGGUAUUCAAAGCUGCUGGUGGCCGCGUGCUCGAUCAGCUCGCAGCACAUCGUCUUUGCAUAAUAGUAAAAUAGACCCCGAGCCUACUCUAUGGAGUAAUAAGAAUAUCCAUACUGGUAGUGGUAAUGCGGUGGAGGAUAACCUGCGAACGCAAAUAAGUGUUCUAGAGAGAGAAGUACAGUUGCUGCGUAAUGGACUUGAAAAUCUUGUGCCUUCUAACAGAGAACCACAACCACCGGCUGAACACAUACCGUAUUGGAAUAAGAAUGAGAAGAAGAUUGGAGCCGUUUCUCUUCCCAGUCGUGUUGUUAUUCCUCCUUAUACACAAGGAGGAAUAACACAACCAUCAUCCUAUCAACAAGAACAAAAAAACACAACACAUGUGAUGAUGCCAAACGUAAACGAGAAGACUCCCGUAUCGUCUGUUCAUCCAGAGAAAACAGAACCGCAUCGAGUGGAAGAAUUAGAAAAACUUGUGCUAGAAUUGGUCGCCCAAAACACUACACUUUGCAGGAAACUUGCUGAAGUAAAUAGUGUUCUUGAGCAACGUGAUGGACUUCUUCGAUCACUCUUCACGGAGCGAACUACAGUAGUUCCUCCCUCCACUGUUCCCGCCGCCGUUCAGACCUCUUCAUCCUUUAAAUAUCCGCAUGAACAGGAAGUAACAGUGAUGACCCAAUUACUGCAUAAACAGGAAGAAGUAGCACAACUUCAGGAAGAAAUACGAGAUGUAAAGGCCAAGUUAGAAAAUAAUAAAGAAGACUUACAACGUCGUGUACAGGAAGUGGAAUUCCUUCGAUCGCAACUUGGGCAACUAGGAUCUUUACAAACAUCUCAUAAAGAUGGUGUUCCUAUUUCUCCUACCCCUGUCCCUACAUUUAAUAGAGAUCCCAUACAAGUUCCUUCUCAACCAGUAUCAGAAUCCACCAUGGUGAAGAGUCAUGAAGAAAUAACAAAUAAAGUAGUUUCUGUUAUUCCUCCUGUAGAUCAGAAAACAACGGGAGUGGAUACAAAUGCCAUGAGUACAGAAAUACGUGAAUUACGUGAGAAAUUGGCAAAUGCAGAACGCAAAAUCCUCGCCUGGGAGACGUGGUAUAAGCAGGAAAAACAUCAACAACAACAACAACAACAACAAAAGCCAUCAUCAUUGCAAACAUCAGUUGGAUUGGUACAGGAAAAAUAUCAUGUACUACCUAUUACUAAUACUACUACUAAAGAAGAAGAAGAACCUCGUGUCAGUUUAUUUAUAUCCCCUAAACCUGAGAAAUCCAAAUAUCAAGAACAUCAGCAAGUUCUUCUUCGAGCAUUACCAGUUUCCCAACCUAUUCAUUGUUUAAAUCAAUCAUCUUGUGAUCAUCUCUCACGACCCAGUGGAAGUAGUGCAGAAAUACUGGCUCUUGAUACGUAUGCUCUUAUUUCCCGUGAGGCCGCUUUACGUGAGGCGGCUAAACAAGAGCGGUCUGAUCUCAUGGCAUCGCUGUUGAAGGGAGAUGCGAAUGAAUGUGAAGAAGAAGAAAACAACAUAGAAUAG